CGCGACUUUUAGUUUGACAUUCACUGUCUUACAGUGUGGACGUAUUUUAACAAUUUUGAUUUCAUAUUUGAUUUUUGAAUUUAUAUUUGACACAAAGUUUAUUUUACUGUUAAUUUAUAUGUAAUUUGACGCUAGAAACAUAUGAGUCUUCGAAGAAUUGAAUCAGCUCUCAAAAACCUAUAGAACUGUCUCUGUACAAAACGCAUCUCUUUUAGAAAAACUGGAGGUACGAGAGGAUUAAUUGCACUGUCCGACACUAUAUUUGUGAUAAAGAGGUAUUUUUCUUAUUCAAACACAGAUAUAAUAAAAUACAUUUUUUCUGUAAUACAAACUAAUAAGUUUCAAUGGCAUUAAUAAGAAUUACGUUAGAGGAAGAAAUGAAAAAAAAUCCUGAAUUGAAAUUAUCUGAUAUACAAUCACUGAGAGAAUGGUGCGAGAAACAAACACAUUUGCCAAAAAUUGAAGACAGCUUUCUCGCCUUGUUCCUUCAUAGUAAUUAUUAUCAAAUGGAACCAACUAAAAAUACAAUUGAGAAUUAUUACACGAUUAGAACGCAUUUACCAGAAUUCUUUUGCAAUCGAGAUCCUUUCAAGGAAGAAGGGUUACGACAAGUUUUCAAUAUCACAACUUAUUUCCCUCUGAAUGAAAUAACAGAGGAAGGCUACAAGAUAAUAUAUGGAACAUUACUGGAUGCUGAUUCUUCUCACUAUGUCUUCAAUGACGUUAUGAAAUAUCAAACAAUGAUAAUGGAUAUGUGUUAUUUAAAGGAUGGUACAAACAAUGGUUAUACCUUUGUUAUUGAUAUCAGUAAGUUUUCUUUCGGUCAUGUGGCGCGAAUAAGUCCAUUAGCAAUGAAAAAAAUUUUAUACUACGUCCAAGAGGCAAUACCGUGUCGUAUAAAGGGAAUUCAUUUCAUAAACGCGCUAUCUGCUAUGAAUUUGGUCAUGAAUAUGAUCAAACCUUUUACAAAAAAGGAACUCAUAAAUAUGAUUUAUUUUCAUUCAUCAAUGGAAAGUAUUUCCAAAUACAUCCCUAUAAACGCGUUGCCGAAUGAAGUGGGCGGAAAAGGAGGUUUUAUACGAGAAUUAGCCGAAAUUCAAGUGAAGCAACUUGAGGAAUACCGUGAAUGGUUCCUGUUGGACGAGGUAACCGGACGCAUUAAUGAAGAUUUGAGAAUCAACAAAAGAAAUUCAGCAAACAACGAAAGUAAAUGCAACAUAGCAUAAUAAGAGUAAUCUGUAAUAAUGUAAUAUAACAUAUUAUACUUUGUUGAUAUUAUAGUAACGUAAUCUAGAAUUGUGCAAAAUAUAAUUUUUUAUCGUUACUGAUAAAUUUAGAAAUGUUUGUCACUAUAUACAUAAUAUAUUAUAUAUAUGAUACACAUAA